GCAGUCAGUAGCACCUCUGUCCUUUAUGGUUUUUUUACGUUUUGUUAAAGCAGAGGGAAAGAAAAAUUCUCCUGAGCUGGGCGAAUGGUGUGCGUUAAUAUGGAUGGAAAGCUCGACGUCACGCUAGUACGAAGCGUCUUUAGAUUUUCACAUCAGCUAAGAGUGCAAGGGUCAAAAUUCACUGAGGACCUUAGUUCAUUCUUGUCUAAUUUGUCAAGUUUUAGCUCCGUUUGUCUUACCAGUACAUCCAAUAAUACGACGCGAGAUCCUGGUUAAUCGACGAAUCUGCGUGAUUGUUUUGGAUCAUUCCAGUGAAGCGAUGAUGGACGGGAAAGGAAAAGCAACAAGUGUAUCCCAAUAAGGCUACGUGUCAUUCAUCAAACGGACAGCCUGCAGACAAUCAGAAGAAGGAACAUGACAAGAAACAGGUCAUCUUCCAGCGGGCCUCCGGAACCAUACUGUCACAUGACACGAGAGGCCAGAGUUUUGCUAAACCCCCAGAAAGGACCGACAUAACUGAUGAAAGCCGUCCAGAAAAUGCAGAUAACGAACAACAACAAGAACGUGUCUCACAACGUCGCGGAUUUAUUUGUUACAAAGUCGUUAUGCAUUUGAACAUAAUGACAAAAUUUGUCCUCCCAAACAUAUUGGGUCAGCGACCGCAAAAGACCAACUUGUACAGUGAAAUGGAAUACUGAACGAGAAAAAAGGGGACGUUAAAACAAGGGGGAAAAUGUACACCAUCCUCAAUCAAGACUACCGGAGAUAACUGAAAGAAUCAAAAAGUUUACUGUUACUGUAGCCUAUUACCAACCCAUAUUUUCUUGGAUGACAGAAUUCAAGCAAACGCCACAAAGAGGAGCGCGGCUUCAUGCACAGGAGCGACAAGAAACCCCCGCUAGGAUUCAUUGCUUCAAAAAAAGCACGUACUGCUUGUGACCAGCUAGAGCCUGAGAAGUUGCACUUCAGCCCAUAUUUGUGCAGGCGGAGACCUGUGGAAAUGGCCAGUUUACUCAGACUUACUGAGAAGAAAAUAAAAAUCUGGUUUCAGAGCUGGAGGGUGAGGCAAAAAAGCUGAAAAGAAUGUCUCUCUUAGCUGGACCAUGUCUGAUCAACAACCCACCACCACCGUCUUGAGUGAAGCUUCAAGAGAUGUAUUUAUGCAUAGCAUCUACAGAGCCUCAGGUGAAACGUCCUUCCGCAAAUAUGACAAGAGAUGUAGGCUAUAUCUGGGUAUGGUUAUCCAGUAUGCAUUAAUGGCAUUCUCUGUCUCUUCUGGACAAUUUACAUAAAACUAUUCUCUCAUGUUCCCUAGAGCGUAGCCAAUAAUAAAGUCCCCCUUUAAAUGAUUAAAUGCCACUUUCAUGUAGGCUAAUAUUUCCAAAAAAUGGUAAAUAAGCAUUAUAAUAAUGCACUUGAUUGAUUUAAUAACGUUACUCUUAGUAAAUCAGUCAAAUUAUUGUGUGAAAAUGAAUAGUUCCACGAUUUUGACAUUUUGCGUGUUAUAGCGUACGCUAUUUAUUGCUUCUCGCGAUGUUAAUUUGAAAUGAGCUAAUCAGUCUAUCGCUUACAACUUACAACUCUUAUUAAUAAUUUUCUGCAUUCGAAUGGAGUAUGUUACCUGUAUUAAAAAUUAUGGUUUUAGGUUUAUCUAAAAAGUCGAACUAGCCUCGUAUAGGCCUAUUUUUAGGAAUCAAAAACACGUUUUCUAAACUCCUAUAGGAGCAAAAUAUUAUAGCGUCACACAAACUUAGCCUAUUUUAAUGGCAGAUUAUAUCUAAGCACUAUCUUAAAAAGCAGGGUGGCCCACUAUAUCUUGAGAGAGAGAGAGAGAUAGGCUAACACCAAUCUCAGUAGGCCAUUGAUGUAUAUGGGGGGUUCAUUCAUUCCAGUUAAAUUGGGAACUUAGAUUUGAAAAUAGCACAAGAAACUCUCUAGAAAAAAAACAAAAAAAAAAAACUUAAAGGCUGACCAGUCUAUUUUAAGUCAAUGGUGAAAGUUAUUGUGUAGCCUAUGACGAAUUUGUAGGGCCUGUUUAUUAAUAGCUUGCUACAACUCCAGUUGUCCUCGCCGUCACGAAUAGGCUACAAUAUAAAUUUGCGGUGCUCGCUUUAAUUCACAUUAGACCUACAUUGUGAGUUUAUCAGAUUGAUGGGUGGAUUCGAUUGAUGUGUUUGUCAUGUAAAUACGAAUCGUUUGAUGGACACCUGCAACGCCCAGAGUGCUACCGCAGGUCGCACACUAUUGGUGCAAAAUUUGUCACAUGAUCUGUCACUUAACUGAUAUGAGCUCGGAUAGAACUUUGUGGGAUUUGACAUACUGCUUAGAGGUUGUAGGGGCACUGGGACCACACAUCAGCCUAUAUUGACCCUGCUUAAUCAAUUUUGCUUGGUCAGUCAACAAUGAAUUCCUACUUAGAUUAUACGAUUUAUAACCGUGGUGCUAACACUUACAGUUCGAAGGUUGGGUGUUUUCCUAUGGAGCAGGAAUACUUGCCAAGUGCUUGUGCAAGUACAAAUAGUUACAUUCCCGAGGGACGGCCAGUCGGAGGGAACACUUUUACACCGGCAACGCACGAAACUCAUGGCACAACUUAUGCACAACUUCAUUCGCAGCAAUACCACAUGAAUAUGGACAUGGGGAAAACGGGACACACCAAUUUUUGCAAGCAAACCCGACCUCCACACUCGGACUAUGGACAUCAACAUGUUCUCACGCAAGCAGAUGACCACAUGCGUCUUCAGUCCCCUGCUUUUUCUGUCGUGAACAUAGGAGCUAACAUCGGAUCAUACAGCGAAUCUAGGCCUGGCUCGGUCUCUACAAGCCAUUAUCAGUCCUAUCCCUAUGGAGAACAUGACCCACACGGUUAUGGUUCGUUUAGCAAGUACCAGGUCUCCACUGACAGUGACAGCGACUCCAAGACGAACAUCAAACAAGCGCCAACGUUUGACUGGAUGAAAGUCAAGAGAAACCCCCCUAAAACAGUUAAAGUCGAUGAAUAUGGGAUCCACGGCCAGCAGAAUAUAAUACGCACCAAUUUCACCACCAAGCAGCUCACCGAACUUGAGAAGGAGUUCCACUUCAACAAGUACCUGACCAGAGCACGCAGAGUAGAAGUGGCCGCCACCCUCGAAUUGAACGAAACGCAGGUUAAAAUUUGGUUUCAGAAUCGCAGAAUGAAACAGAAGAAGCGCGAGAAGGAAGGAACAGUCCCGGUAAUUAAACGUGCGACUCUUUGCUCUUCUGGUCAAAACGCAGACAACUCAAACAGCUCAUCCCCGGGUGCUUCUCCUACCUCAGACUCUUCCACUGCUAUUUGAUGUUUACCUGCCUUUGUGGCCAAACGAACUCAUGUUUCAUCAUUGUGCUGUGAAAAACUAUUUAACUUAUUCUGCUGUCUUAGACAAAGCAUUAAAUAUGCGCUAGUGUGUGCAUGCGUGUUUUAUAUAUAUAUAUAACGCAAAAUAAUCAGUUUUGCUGCAUUAGAGCUACUGAAUUCAUGGUUCGAAAUGCAUUAACAGGGUAUAUGCUUAAUAGUCCAAAGCAAGAGGUUUAAAUGUUCUUUUUUUUCUGUCAUCAGGUUGAUAUCCUUUUUUGCACUACUGAUUCAUUCCUCUGUUGAAAGAGUAAAAAAAUGUAGUAAAGAUUGACAUGUUUAUGUAUUUAGAAAACAAUCUGGCCUGUGAUGUUCUGGUAAAUAAAUAAAUACAUUUUAUUUUUCUGAAACAUGUUUGUGAAUUUAAUCCGAUUUAAAUCAAUUUAUUGAUUUUCUUUUAAUUAAAAGGCUCUUCAUGAUGUUGGCAUGAUUGUGUCCUUUGUUGGAGGAUGUUGCAAUACAAUAGAGCUAAUUUAAAUCAGUGUUGCUCUAGUCUGUAUAGUUUGACAAGAGGAAUGUUGCAUUACACACCGGGUGGCUUCCUAUGACCUUUUCACCUUUUUGUGCCUACAGGCUCUCUAAACAUGUAAACACUUCUUGGUGCUCACUAUAACACUCACU